UGAAGAUGGAACUCAAGACCGUUUUGAUCCUCACUGCGAUAUAUAUUGCUGUCCGCCUCUUCUUUAAGUCACGCAACUCGAGCCCAGCAGCAACCAUGUCUCACGGAAAGGUCACCGAGAUCGACAACCAAGUCAUCUUCAAAGCCCUCACCUCCUCCGGCCCCGUCGUCGUCGACUUCUUCGCAACCUGGUGUGGACCAUGCAAGGCCGUAGCUCCCGUUGUCGGCAAGCUGAGCGAGCAGUACACAAACGUUCGUUUUAUUCAGGUCGAUGUCGACAAGCUGCAAAGUGUCGCUAAGGAACUGAGCGUGAACGCUAUGCCCACCUUCGUGGUGUUCAAGGAUGGCAAGGAGGUCAACCGCGUCGUUGGCGGUGACAUGAAGAAACUCGAGGCGCAGAUUAAGGAGAUCUCCGCAUAGACGCUUUGCGCUUUGACUCGGUCUAUGGGUAGCCUUUGAGAAUCUCAAAGCGCAUCCAUCCACUUAUACCCGGGGAAUUGUAUGGUUGUUUAUCAGUAUAAUCAGUGUAACUCACGAAUCAUGAAUCGAAACUGUGACAUAA